UACAACUGAUAACGAAGUCCCAAAGUAUAUAGAAUAAAAUAUAAAUCGAAAAAUAUGAAAUUUUCAUCGAAAGAUGAAUGUAACUGUGAUAAUAAUAACUGAUAAUAGAAACGAUCCAAACAUUUCACAGAUUGUGCAGAAUUCCAAGAAAGUCUGGAAGAUGUCUCCCCCCAGGAGGAGCAGAUAAUACUGGCUAGAUUGGUACUAGCACAGCAAAUCGAUUUUUUUUCACUCACUGAGUAUAUGGAUUUUCGACACUUCGAGAAAAUCGAGCAGAAAUUGGUUCACGGAUUCAAGAGAAUAUUCAUAUUGCUUUUGAUAGUUGUGGUUAUUAUUGUGUAUGGACUCGUUCAAUUUAUAUGUAGGGCUUCUGGUGAUGAAAUUUUGAAGUCGUAUGUGAUAGUCGCCCUGUUCAGCCUGCUAGAAUUUUACGUCCCACCAGCACAGGUAUUGAUGUACUAUUGGCAAACCGAAAAUAUGGUAAAAUUUAUAAGCCAAUACAUGGAUGCAUGUAGAGGAAUAUCAGGGCAUUCGAGGAAAUUUUAUAGGGUCUUAACAACCCGGAGAAUUCUUUUCAAAAGCGUCGUACGCUUCAUCGGGUUAACUAUCAUGACUGCUCAUAUUAUGAAGGGUAGUUCUUGUUCCGAUAAAGAUCUAAGAUUUGUUUGUGGCCUUUACGUACCAUUGUGGUUUCCCUUUGAAACAAACUACUUUCCAGUGAGAGAAAUCGUUGAAAUCAUCGAAAUAUUGUUUACGUAUCGCCUAUUAAUGAUAACAGUGUACCAAUCAAUAGAUUCAUAUAUUCUGGCUGAACUUUUCGAAUAUAAAUGUCGACGUCUGAUCAAACUUAUGCAGAAAACUUCCUUGAGUCGAGUGCAGAAUGUAAAAAUUGUAAAACAGAAGUUUCACUAUAUUGUGGACAAUCAUCAAGAGAUUUAUCAGUGUUUCGUUUUGAUCAGAAACAUAUUAGGUGGGAUAAUAGCUCCAGGUGUCACAAUUUUCAUUCCAGUGACUGCAAACGUAUCAGUUGCUUUUAUGAGGGAUUUCAAUAUUGGCCAUUUAGAGGAGUUUUUAGUAACUAUUACUGUAAGCUAUUUUUGCAUGGAUUCCAGUCAGAGGAUUAAGGAUUUGGGGGAAAUUAUUCAAGGGACAGCUUAUGAUAUGGAUUGGUACGAAAUGGAUAAAGAAAUGAAUAAAGAAUUUAUUAUAUUUCUUAUGAAGCUCCGAAGGCCUUUCGAGAUGAAGGCAAUAUUGUUCGUCUUGGAGAAGCCAUUCUUUCUUUCGGUAAAUUUAUAUUCGCUAUUACUUUCAAGACAAUUUUUCAAAUAUUGA